AUGGCCCCUCUCCCGCGCGCAGAUAUGCUGGCGAAGGACAAAUUCUCAUAUGUCUUCGGCGGGGCGAGAAUUCAAAGCUACAAUGAUCCCGCCGCACGGGGCCCAGGCUCUCACACGAUCCGUUCUUUGGCGUGGAACCCUCUCGGCCAGCUAAUUGCGACAGGUUCCGCCGAUCGAACCCUGCGCAUCUGGAACCCCGAGCGUGCUGCUGCGCGCUACUCGACUGAGCUUCGUGGCCACUCAGCUGCUGUCGAAGCUGUACAUUUCAACCCCGUUCGUGACGCCGAACUGGCCAGCUGCUCCGCCGAUGGUACGGUGCGCUUCUGGGAUGUCCGCUCCAAGAAUUGCGUGAGCCGGCUGGAUGUCGGUGGAGAGGCAUUCACCCUCUCGUGGUCCGUUGAUGGCAGCACCAUGGUCGUCGGAAGAAAGGUAAGAGACCUCCAGUCUCCGGGCACUCCUUUGAAUGUGAAGCCUACCAAUAACGAACAGGAUGACAUCCUGAUCCCGAUCGAAAUCAAAUCGCCCUCUACCCCAACCAUCCUCCCCGACGGUAGCUCCGAUUCCUCCAAAACCACCUCCACUUACACCGCGCUCUCGCAAUACCCCCAGAAUGUCCAGACCAACGCCACGACGUUCUUCAACGGAAUGUCUACCGAGGAGGACCCGAACCUCUACUUCUUCGCCACAACCGGAGAGGGCGAUGUCAAGAUCAUGACCGUCCCCUCCUUCGAGACAGUCCACACCCUCAAGGCCUCCACGUGUGCCUGCGCCGCUGUCUCCAUGGCCCCGUCCGGCCGCUACCUUGCCAUCGGGUCAAGCGACUCCCUGAUCACCCUGUGGGACACGACAGACUGGCACUGCUGUCGCGGGCUCGAAGGCGGCGCCAAUGCGGCUAUCCGCGGUGUGAGCUGGAGCUUUGACGGCCGCUUCCUCUGCGGUGCGUCAGAUGAGCCCGGCACCGGUGGUCAUGGCUUGGAUAUCUUCUAUGCCGAUACUGGAGAAAUCGUCCACACCGUGCCGCCGACGGGGGCUAACGCCACCAUUCCAGCUGUUGCGUGGCAUCCAUCGCGAUAUUGGUUGGCCUAUUCGACCACCAAUGAUGGGCCCAGCGGAACUGGUGGGCUGAAGAUUGUUGGGGCCGGCAGUACCACGCUUUGA